GCGGCGGCGGGCGGCGGCGGCGACGCGGCUACCGCUGGCACCAUGAACCCGCUGUAACGCGCAAGCUGCGCGGCGCGGCGGCAAGGGGGGAGGUGGAGGAGGACGCCACGGUGAAGUUCUCCGCCAUGAACCUGAGGGGCCUCUUCCAGGACUUCAACCCAAGUAAAUUCCUCAUCUAUGCCUGUCUGCUGCUGUUCUCUGUGUUGCUGGCCCUUCGUCUAGACGGCAUCAUUCAGUGGAGUUACUGGGCCGUCUUUGCUCCAAUAUGGCUGUGGAAGUUAAUGGUCAUUGUUGGAGCCUCAGUUGGAACUGGAGUCUGGGCACGAAAUCCCCAAUAUCGAGCAGAAGGGGAAACGUGUGUGGAGUUCAAGGCCAUGCUGAUCGCCGUGGGCAUCCACUUGCUCCUGCUGAUGUUCGAAGUGCUGGUCUGUGACAGGCUCGAGCGAGGCAGCCACUUCUGGCUCCUGGUCUUCAUGCCGCUCUUCUUCGUCUCCCCGGUGUCUGUGGCAGCUUGUGUUUGGGGCUUUCGACAUGACAGGUCCCUGGAGUUAGAAAUCCUGUGUUCUGUCAACAUUCUCCAGUUUAUAUUCAUUGCCUUAAGACUGGACAAGAUCAUCCACUGGCCCUGGCUUGUCGUGUGUGUCCCCCUGUGGAUUCUCAUGUCUUUUCUGUGCCUGGUGGUCCUCUACUACAUCGUGUGGUCUGUCCUGUUCCUGCGCUCCAUGGACGUGAUCGCCGAGCAGCGGAGGACACACAUCACCAUGGCGCUGAGCUGGAUGACCAUCGUCGUGCCGCUCCUGACUUUUGAGAUCCUGCUGGUUCACAAGCUGGACGGCCACAACGCAUUCUCCUGUAUCCCGAUAUUUGUCCCCCUGUGGCUUUCCUUGAUCACCCUGAUGGCAACCACAUUCGGGCAGAAGGGCGGAAACCACUGGUGGUUUGGGAUUCGCAAGGAUUUCUGUCAGUUCCUGCUUGAAAUCUGCCCAUUUUUGAGAGAAUACGGAAACAUUUCCUACGACCUCCACCAUGAAGGUAAUGAGGAAACUGAAGAAACGCCAGUUCCAGAACCUCCUAAGAUUGCUCCUAUGUUUCGAAAGAAGACCAGGGUGGUUAUCACCCAGAGCCCUGGAAAAUAUGUCCUCCCACCUCCCAAAUUAAAUAUCGAAAUGCCAGAUUAGACAGCCCCUCCUGGGGCGGGUCGUGGGUGGACCUGGCCCGCACUCUCCCGCCUCCCUCUGCGUCUCCGUUCACCUCCUCCCCCCGCCCUGCCCCCGAACUGGAGCUGGAGCUGGGUCUCCAGGGACUUCCAUCUCAUGCCUUGUCUGCACUCAAUGCCUACCAGUGACUCACCGUGAUGGGACAUGCGGGUGGCAGGCACCUGGAACACGCAGUGUGGUGUGGGGCGCGGGCCCGCGGCUGUGGAUCUGAUGGAGGGAGCGUGUGGAGAGGGAAGAGCGAUGUGCCCCGGGCAGGUGCCUAUGGAGCUGGCUCAGACCCAUUCGGGAUGGCUGAGUAGGCCUGAGAAGGCAUGGCUACACGGCAGGUUUUCAAAGUGUGAAAAUUCCCAUCAAAAGUGUUAUUGAAAAAAGUAUUUUUGAACCAGGCCGGCCUGGCCAUGUGGCUCAGCGUCCCCUGCUGUGACGUGGGCAGGGGGGCUGUGAGCAGGCCUCGGGCCCUGCGUGUGCCCAUGCCGCCUUGACUGGCCGUGCUCCUGCCGUGGACGUUGUUUCUCUCUGGGCUUUUACUGGCCCCCUUGGUGAGCCCUUUCUAAUGGAGUGACUCCGUGCCUGUAUAGUAUUUAUACAAAUAUUUUAGCAUUGUAACAUACCGUGUUAAAUCCUAGUUCUGUACAGUAUAUUCUGUUAAAGUAUUUUUUUACAAGCAUGUACUGGAGACAUACAUGUUCUGUCGCAGAAGUAGAAGCCAGUGACAGCCCUGUCCCGCUCACUGGAGGCCGCCCCUUCCUGGGACAUUGCCUUUUCCCCUCCAAUUUCUCCAUGUACAGAGUAGCUGCUCCUACCAGAAGGGCCACUGUAAGGAAGAAGCGGUUUGUGCUUUUCCUGACAUGCUAGAAAGUCUGACUUGCAGAAAACCAUAAAGCACAACUGGAAACUGGAACACUGGGGAAGGGGGCCGAGACUAGGAACGGCCCACAGAGUGUGUGCGUUGAGGUCCGGGGCUUUUUGUCCACCCCAAUGAUGGCCCCGUGCUUUUGGCUUAGAAAGAAAGACCACCGCUCCAGGAGCCAGGGCUACAGCUGUGAGUCAGAGGGAAGAAAGCAGCUGCGAUGGGAACAAGUAGGCCAUGAGUAAAAGAAGGAAAAAAGGAGCUCCGGCAUGCUCACGCGGGAGCAGGGUGGAGGGGGAGGGGGCAGCUGCUACCUUCUCUAAACUGGGCUGCGCUGACAUCCACUGUGCCCGCCGCUCCACCCUGGUGCCAGCCUGAAGCAAGCCUGUGCUGUCUGCAGGGGGACACUUGGAAUGGUGUCACCUUUCCUGCUUGGUGUGUAACAAAUGUAGCCUGAUCCACUCUUUUUGCCCCCUUUAGCUGUUCAAUAAACAGGUUUCUCAUUU